AGAGACAACCAGGAAACGCAAGAGAAGAGCAAGAUGAAUCAACGUGAAUGUCAAGUGAAGAAGAAGCAAACAAUUUGAUGCAUAAAUUCUUAUUAAUCCUUUUGUUUUGCCACCUAUGCUUCAGCGUUUGAGGAGUCGUGAUGUUGUUAAGAUGUUUCGGACUGCUGCACAAAGGUUUUCCGUCGCUUCAUUGCACCGAAGGGUGUUGUUAAUCACUCUGAGGCGUUUCUGCAACAAGGCGCCGAGGAAGCUUCGAGUUGCCGAAUUACUUUCAGGCACUGGGUUGGAAGCAAACGUCCAAGUGCAGGGUUGGGUUCGCUCCGUUAGAUCGCAGAAGGCAAAUUUGUUCGUGGACGUCAAUGAUGGGAGUUGCCUGCAGUCGCUGCAGAUCGUUGCCAGUCCUGAGCUGAAUGACCCACUGCUCACAUUCGGGAGUGCCGUUGAGGUUCGAGGGAUCCUGAAGAAAAGUCUACACCCCAAACAGGCGGUGGAGCUGGAAGCCGAGCACAUUCACGUGGUUGGAGAAUGUAACCCUUUGGAUUUCCCGUUUAAAAUCAAAGAGCGCCACACGCUGGAGUACAUCCGCCAGUUCCCUCACCUCCGCGGCAGAACAAACGCCUUCGGCUCCCUGCUGAGGAUACGCGGCGAGGCCACUUGGGCCGUUCACUCGUAUUUCAAGGAAAAUGGCUUUGCGCACAUUCACACGCCGAUCAUCACCUCCAACGACUGUGAGGGGGCAGGCGAGCUCUUUCAGAUUGAGCCUUCCUACCCGCAGAACAGCCAGGACGAAAACUUCUUCUCGGUUCCCGCCUAUUUGACCGUGUCUGGGCAACUGCACUUGGAGGUCAUGACAGGGUCAUUUUCCAGAGUCUACACGUUCGGUCCGACAUUUCGCGCGGAGAACUCCCAGAGCCGACGCCACCUGGCUGAGUUUUACAUGGUGGAGGCGGAGGUGGCCUUCACGCGGUCCAUCGAGGACCUCACCGAGGUCAUGGAGGACAUGUUCAAACGGACCACCGAGCACGUUUUGGACCGCUGCGCUCGAGACGUGGAUUUGUUUCACACGCACGUGACACCGGGACACAGGGAUGCCGUGGAGGCCAUGCUGAAGGAGAAAUUCCAUGUGUUGACCUACAGCGAGGCGAUAAAUAUCCUACAGCAAAGUACGCAGACGUUCGCCUUCCCCACAAACUGGGGCUGCGACCUUAAGACGGAGCACGAGAAGUAUCUGGUGAAACACUGCGGCACGCGUCCAGUCUUUGUCACUGAUUAUCCCUACCGGCUCAAGCCGUUCUACACCAGAGACAACCGGGACUAUCCCCAGCAUACGGCGGCCGCCGUGGACCUCCUGGUGCCCGGCGUCGGGGAGCUGUGCGGGGGCUCGCUGAGGGAGGAGAGGCUGGACCUGUUGAGGGCUCGCCUGGAAGAGGUUGGAUUAGAAGACACCUACAGCUGGUAUUUGGACUUGAGGCGUUUUGGCUCUGUGCCUCACGGUGGCUUCGGAAUGGGAUUUGAGCGAUACCUGCAAUGCAUUCUGGGAGUGGACAACAUCAAAGACGUGAUUCCUUUCCCCAGAUUUUCACAUUCUUGUCUGCUGUAAUCUCCGAGGCUCCUUUUUAAAUGACGCCAAGUAUGUGUCAUAGUAAUUAAACAAGACAGUGCUUUAUUAA